AUGGCAAGACACAUUUUAGUCGCAGCACUGAUCUACAGCCUUCUGUGCCGUGUUGAAUCCCAACUGGACCCAGUCAGUGAGGAAUGUCUGCAGUGCAUCUGCGAAGCUUCCACAAGUUGCGAUUUCGGUGUAGGGUGUGGCACUGAAACGUGUGGACCUUACGGGAUAACUUGGGGGUACUGGAACGACGGCUUGAGGCCGGUGUUGAACCAGGACAGUCCCGAGGCUGACGGAGCUUACGCGCGCUGCGCCAAUGACCAGCAGUGCGCGGCAAGAGUUGUGCAGAACUACAUGUCGAGGUAUGGACAUGACUGCAAUGGAGACGCAGAAACUACCUGCUAUGAUUUUGCAGCCAUACAUCGUUCUGGGAGCAACAAUUGUGGAGCACAGUUAGACAGUGGUUACUUUAAUAGGUUAAUCAAUUGCAUGGCCCUGUACGGGAUGUAUUAG